AUGGCGAGUCUGCACUGGCGGACGCGGCGGCGGGCGGCGGGCGCGUGGCCCCUGAGCGUCCUCGCGCUGUCCACAAUGUGGCACUGCACGACCAAGUGUCUUGCAGACGCGGCGCUCGUCACUGGACCAUCGUCUACCUUUCGUAUCGACCACGACACCAAGAUCCCAGACAUUUUCAAGUGCUCGGACAUGCACUUUAUUGGCUCGUUUAACGAAUAUUACGUGACCUGUGCGCUAGAUGUACCAGAGCAAGCGUCGAUCAAGCUGCUGGAAAUUGUGAAUGUGACACUAGACAGCUCGGACCUCUCGCCUCUGCGUGGCGUCCACGCAGAACUGACGUUCAAGCUCAACUCGAGCCUCGCGGCCGUGUCGAUCCGCAACAGCCACGUGCGAGCCAGCGCCGUGGAGAUCGACGCUGCCAACAUCACGAUCGACAGCCACUCUGUAGUGAACGUGACCGCGCGAGGACUAAAGUUCGGGCCCGGGUACAACUCGUGGAGCGCGAUGGGCGGCAGUUAUGGCGGAAUUGGCGGCGCGUCCCUCACAGCACGAUACUCUGAUUGUGACAACGUGCCGCCAAAUGACUUUUUCAGAGCUAUUGGGGACGUUGGAGCCGACAUGGCCAACUUUCGAGGCUAUGGCAGUGGAGGCGGCAAUGAGAAAAGUCGUGGCGGCGGACGGAUCCGCUUGGUGGCAGACAGCAACGUCGCGAUUGACGGAAAGCUCGUGGCUAGUGGAGGCGAUGCAUGUACAGACUGCUACGACAGUGCUGGUGCAGGCGGCAGUGUUGUUGUGGUCGCAAAGGGACGGAUCUAUGGCAAUGGAACCGUGCAGGCAGACGGUGGGGAGCCGAGCAAGUUCAGUGGUGAUGGAUUUGUGGGCGGCGGUGGAGGAGGCGGUGGUGGUGGACGAAUUGUGCUGGAUUCGGCAAACGGAGAAGAACUGGAGCCAGGGCAGGUGUCUGCGUACGGUGGUGGCGGUUUGACUGCUGCUACAAAUGACGGAAUAGGGUGGUGUCAGUUGGGAGGUGAUGGGACUAUAUUGAGGGCUCAGCAUACGGCGGAGCAGAUUGUCAAACGUGGCAGAAGGCUUAAGCAUGAAACUGGUAGUCAAGCUGUUGUAAGUACGUUGCUUGUGCGAGGUAGCCGCUUGGCUCAUGUAGGGCCUGUGAGGCGCAUUCAGAUUUACGGAUGUACACCGAUGUUUGAGCAAACACCUCGAGGUGGUCGAUUUUUGCCAGAAUCGCUUGUGCACAUGUUGGUAAACGGGGGCGCUACAGUAUGUGCGUCGGUGAUUGAGCUGAAGGACAGCAUUGGAGGCAUCGAGAGUACGAUUGAAUUAGACUCUGGGUCGGAGCUAAAUGCUCUUGGCCGUGGACGAAGCAUCCAGCUAUCGGCAUCGCAAGUGACGAUUCAGGGCUACGUUGGGCCCUCGUUGGCGCACGAGCAGAAUCUGUUCAGUUUGGCACUGCGUGGAGUUGACAUUUCCUUCUCCGAUGCUUUGGCAAUGCUGCAUGACCUCGAAGUCGAUGCUCGCGGUAGGCUUUCCAUUGACAAGUUUUCUGUUCUCAACUUCGGAGGGCAAGUAAGUAUCCGGACAGAUGCUUCGGCCCAGAUAGACGGUUUUCUGAAGCCUUCAGGCACCUCAAUUGAGCUUGUACAGGGUGGUGACGCAGCACGCAUUCCUUCGAUAAGCGUGACGAGCAAACUGGAUGUCGAGUUUUGCCCGCAAGUUGUGGAGAUGGGCCCGAUCCAGCUGCAGAUCGCGGCCAAGGGCUCGGCUGUACUGGAUAUGCCAUUCGACACCCCAUUCCUGAAACUGCUAGUAUCGGCUGUAAAUGUGUCCAUCGCCAACCUGAACAGUGGUCCAGUUAGGGAAUGCAGGCGUAUCGAGCAUCAAGCAGAUGCGUCUGCUUGCACAGCUUUACGCACGUCGAAUGUUGACGACCAGCCAUACUUGGUCAGUGUUUUCGCGUCGGAGAGUGCUACGUUGGGCAACAUCUCGGCUGGAUCGAUGAUUCUGUGUAGCAGCAGUAACAUGACGAUCGGGGGUAUGGUAACGAGCUCACGACUUGGAUGUGGUUCCGGCGUAGGUCCUGGCAAGAGUAAAAUCGUUGGUGAAGCUAGCGGUGGAGCAGGUCAUGGUGGAAGAGGUGGCAAUGUGUUGCCGGGAAGUAUUGGAGGCGGUGCUGCAUAUGAAGUUCCGGCCGAUUUUGAGAUGCACCAGGACGCUUUGUUGACGACAAUGAAUUUCGGCGAAGGCUGGCCAGUUUGGCCUGGUAGUGGGGCUGCGAGUGGAGACACACUGCGUCAAGUUAUUGGAGGUAGUGGAGGUGGGCUUAUCUACAUCGGGGUUACGAACCUAAACCUAACUAAAGCAGCGUCCGUGUCAGCGCGGGGUGGGAUCGGCUCGAUGGGUGGUGGCGGUGGAUCUGGCGGAUCCCUCACACUUUUCAUUGCAGACAUCGCAGGCGGAGGCACCAUUGACUUGGCCGGAGGUUCUGUUCCAGUACCUGUGAUGUAUGCUGCCGAAAGCAAGGCGACAAAUGAGUCAUCGAUCUGGAAUCCUCAUGUCACUCCGGGUGAUUUUGCAAACGCCGCCGGUAAGAUAGGUGGUGGAGGGGGCGGCGGAAUCGUUCGCGUCACAUAUGUGGAUACAGCAGAUAAUUCGAGCGCUGGUAAUGGGGAAACGUUUGUGAAAGACGGGGGUCGCAUUGUCGUUGACGGAGGUGAAAGCGUAGGAGGCGAAAAUGGCGGUGCAGGUGUUUCGAUUGGUGUUAACUGCUAUCCAGGGCGUGGAGGUGUCUUUUGCUUGCCAUGUCCCGAAGGCAGCCAUAGCCCAGACCGCUUUUCGAAAUGCUUGCCAUGUGGCCCAGGCACUUGUUCCAGUCGUGCGGGAUCCGAAAGGUGCGACGCAUGUUCAAUUGGUCACUUUAAUUCGGACUUCGGAAAAAAAGAGUGUCAGCCGUGUCCGUUGGGAUCAUUCGGUGCAAAAGCGGGUUUGAAGAAGUGUGAGAUGUGUCCACCUGGAUCAUUUGCCGGAUCGACGGGCAGCAACGAGUGCUUACUCUGCCCUGUAGGUGACAUCGCUGCUUCGUCAGGCAGUGCUAAUUGCACAAGAUGUGGAAUCGGAGAGACGACUGCAAAAGCUGGUGCAACUACCUGUGCUGGCUGCACGAACAAACCUGUUCACUCCGAGUUCAACAUGCCCGGCAACUGCUCCUAUGCGUGCUCCAAGGGACGCAACGGACUUGACUGCUUGACGCCUUUUGAGCAUUUAGUAAAACCUAUUGGCGGUCCACUGGGUUUUGCGCUUGUCGUGUUUGCUGCCACCAGCCUUAUCUUCUGCGUCUGGGGGUUCAUUUCGUACUGGAGCUCUAGGUUGGAGUUACACCGUUACGCCCAGUACAGGGCGAAAAGGUUGCGAGAUGAACUGUCGCUCAAGACGUUGACGAAAAUGCUGACUCCUCGGCUGACGGACCAAGACCUGAAUGCUCACGUUGCUCGCUUGUACUUCACCGGCGACAACCAUGUCAAAAGUGCUUGGCGGCUGGACCCGUGCUUUUUACCAGAGAGUCUCCGUGAUAUCGUCGAAGUGGGCACGUACGCGCGCUUCGCUUCGACGUGUAAUAAGUUGAUGGAGUGGGACCUAACAAGCUGGGAGGUUUGGCUGUAUCGCUUUUUGGUGAUCACGCUUCCUCCCUUCGGUACUCUUUUCAUGCGACGCUGCCAGUUGCAUCGCGUUGUGAAGCUUGUCAAGUACAUCGAGGGCUUCGGUGGUGGUUUUUUCCGCGGCAUCAACUUUCGUGUCCAUGGUACGCAACUGAAAAUUGGCUUCAGUCCCGAUUUUUCACUUGGCUAUCUCGAUGUACUAAUCUCGCCCUCAGCUUCGUCUUCAUCCGCGAACUUGAGCGCGAUGCAAAUUGCCGAUCAUGAGGAUUUGGUGCUUGUGGUUGGUGGUAGCGGAUCGUUCUUUCGACCGUAUCACCUGGAUUCGAAUGACAUUAUCGUGCGAGCAGUGCCCUCGCGUCUACAGCUUUUGGAGCACAUGUUUUGGAUUGAUUUUGUGGCCGACAUGAACCAGAAACUGCGCGUGUUACCGCAGCCUUCAUCGGUAAUUCGUCGUGUUGCCGAAGCUGCGAAAGUGGCUCGUGACAUCAUCAUCUGUGUGGCAGCGUUCAACAGGGACCACGGAAGCGAUGGCUUUGCCGUGGUGUUUGGGACAUUCGUAGUCGGUGAAACGGAAGCUACCGGUGCAAGCACGCGCUGUUUCCAGCCGCUUUCGUCCAAGAAUGUAGACGCGACUUUUGCGUCCUACCCGCAGAUACCGUUCAAGUUAGCCUUCCGCAUUUCCAGAUCGAAUGUGCCGGCAGCAAGUCAUGCCAGCGUGAAGAAGACUCGAACCGCGGUAUCAGACUACCCCGACUUGUUACCCGAGGAUAACGAACGAGGGAUGGCUGAGACCGAUCCCCGGUCUGCUGAGUUCCGGUUCUCGAAAAUCAGAACAGAAGCUCUGUUCGUACAGCCUGAGCGUGAGCACGCAGGCAUCUCGAGCGAUGCCAGUGACAGCCUAUUGCUGUCCAAAACACAAGAAAAGCACAGCACGGCCCGACAAACGAGAAUGUUGGUGAAGUUGUUGUGCAGGAACGAUACUGCGAAGCGAUGGCUAACGACACUUUGGCGGCCUGUGUACCCUCUUUUCCGGCUGCGCAACUUGCCACGUCCCGAGAUGCCAGCUCGUUGGUUGCUCUCCGUGAUGAUGGUGCUCCUCAUUAUUGCUGACAUGGGUGUUGCCUUUUGGAUUAUAGUGGAGUACUAUUGUGUUCAAAUUCGUGACCCCAGUGCCCAAGAUGCUGGCUGUUCUCGGACCGCGUUGUGGUCAGUUCUGGGUAUCUUGCCCGCAGCGAUCGCCGGCUCGCCGCUUCUUGGGCUGGCUUUCGUCACGAGAAAGAGCAUUUUUUGCGGCAAGUUGUUUGCGUUGUGGAAUGCCAGCUCCGUUGUGAACCAAGCUGUUGCUUUCGUUGGUGGCAUUGUGUAUCUCAAGUACAUUCAUGACGAUAUCCUUCUGGUGGCACUUGGUGGCGUGCUGAUAAAGUAUUUCGAGAAAGAAGUGGCUCUGCGAUGCAUCGCGCAAUACGCAAGCGAGCGGCCUCUACGCGGUUGGCGAGGUCUACACACAACACGUGAUUGGUACGAUGCUGCAUACACGCCCUUAGUCCAUCACGAAAGGUAA